AUGUACGCGCUGUGUGUCAAGCCAUUGGCGUAAGUCAAACAGAGAACACUGAAAACCGACUACACUACACAUAUUUGCGGAAUAUUUGAGUAAUUUUCAAUUUGUUUUUUGGGAAAUUGUGAUUUUGUUUAAUUUUACAAGCAAGUGAAAAUGAAUCGACGACGUGCACAUGGAGAUGACGAUCCAUACGAUCGUCAAAAUCGUAAACGACGCCGUGUGUCCGAGAAUCAAGAGAUUGAAGAUCGUUUGGAGUCGUUGAUUUUACGUGUUGGCGAAAAAAGUACGUCAACAUUGGAAUCGAAUUUGGAGGGUUUGGUUUCCGUGCUGGAAGCCGAUUUGGGAACAUUCCGCAUGAAAAUUUUGCGCAUUUUAUCGGAAUGUGCGAUUCGUAUGCCCGAAAAGUGUACCAUCUACACGACAUUGGUUGGCUUGUUGAAUGCGAAAAACUACAAUUUUGGCGGUGAAUUUGUCGAUCAUAUGGUGAAAACAUUCAAAGACAGUUUGAAAGGAUGUAAAUGGGAACCAGCACGCUAUGCGCUUCGAUUUUUAGCCGAUUUGGUGAAUUGUCAUGUAAUUUCGGCUUCGUCAUUGCUACAAUUGCUCGACACAAUGAUCGAUGUAUCGAACGAAGAUACGGUGCCACAGGUACGACGUGAUUGGUAUGUAUUUGCCGUUUUGUCAACAUUACCAUGGGUUGGCCGUGAUUUGUACGAGAAGAAGGAAUCGGCAUUGGAAAAUCUAUUGGUUCGCAUCGAAGUGUUUCUGAACAAACGUACGAAGAAACAUCAUAAUGCGUUACGAGUGUGGUCAGUGGACGCACCACAUCCACAAGAAGAAUAUUUGGAUUGUCUUUGGGCACAAAUUCGUAAAUUGCGUCAAGACAAUUGGGCCGAAAAGCAUAUCGUUCGUCCGUAUUUGGCAUUCGAUUCGAUUUUAUGCGAAGCAUUGCAACAUAAUUUGCCAGCAAUAAAUCCACCACCGCAUAGCGAUAGCUACAUUUAUCCAAUGCCAUGGGUAGUUUAUCGCAUGUUCGAUUACACUGAUUGUCCGGACGGACCAAUUUUGCCAGGGGCACAUUCAAUCGAACGUUUCUUGAUCGAAGAGCAUUUGCAUCACAUCAUCGAAACACAUCAUAUGGAACGAAAGGAUUGUGCUGCACAUUUGCUGAAUUUCCCAUACAAGAGCAAAAUUCCACUCGAAUACUGUAUCGUUGAAGUGAUUUUCUCCGAAUUGUUUCACAUGCCGACACCACGAUAUCUUGAAAUUUGCUACGGCUCCAUUUUGAUUGAAUUGUGUAAAUUGCAACCGUCAACAUUGCCACAGGUGUUGGCACAAGCCACCGAAAUUUUGUUCAUGCGAAUCGAUUCGAUGAACACAUCGUGCUUUGAUCGAUUUGUCAAUUGGUUUUCAUACCAUUUGAGCAACUUCCAAUUAAGAUGGUCAUGGGACGACUGGGAUAGCUGCUUGUUACGCGAACCAGAGCAUCCACGGCCAAAAUUCAUUCAAGAAGUUCUACAAAAGUGUCUAAGAUUAUCGUAUCACCAACGAAUCAAAGAAAUGAUGCCACAAACUUACGAGAAACUGAUACCAGAACCACCGGCACCAUCAUACAAAUACACAUCGGAAGAUGCAGCUUCGUUGCCCGGAACAACAACGGCCCAUCAGCUUGUACAAGCCAUUCGCCAAAAAUGCACAGCUGACGAGGUUCUAAACAUUUUGAAUGAUCUUCCCAAUCCAGAGAACGACAAUGAAAUGGUUGAAUCAACAUUUAAUCCAUUGAAAAUCGAUGUCUUUGUUCAAACAUUGUUGAAUUUGGGCUCAAAAAGUUUCUCACACAGUUUUGCGGCCAUCGCUAAAUUCCAUCAAGUUUUCAAGACAAUUGCCGAUUCGGAAGAUGCACAGAUUUGCUUAUUGCACAAUGUAUAUGAAUUGUGGGGCACCCAUCAGCAAAUGUUGGUGGUUUUGAUUGAUAAAUUGCUUAAGACACAGAUUGUCGAAUGUUCGGCCGUUGCAACAUGGAUUUUCUCUGCAAAGAUGACAAAUGACUUCACCAAAAUGUACUUGUGGGAAAUUCUUCAUUUGACCAUUAAGAAAAUGAACAAACACGUCAUCAAACUGGGUACGGAAUUGGCUGAGGCAAAAGAGAAAUUGUCACGUGUUGAAUCAUCAUCAGACGAUUCGGAGGAAGAAGGCACAAACAAACGAAAGAAAAUCGAAGUUGGUGAAAAACCAACCGAAGAAAUGGUCGAAAAAAUGGAAGAAAAACUCGAUGCCGCAAAUGUUGAACAGAAACGUUUGUUUUUGAUUGUGUUCCAGCGAUUCAUUAUGAUUUUGUCGGAGCAUUUGGUGCGUUGUGACAGAGACGAUCAAGAAUAUGACACCGACUGGUAUCGUUGGACUAUUGGCCGAUUGCAACAAGUCUUCUUGUUGCAUCACGAGCAAGUGCAAAAGUACAGUGCCACAUUGGAAACAUUGCUCUUCUCGUCCGAUCUUGAUCCGCACAUUUUGGAUGUGUUCCAGCAAUUCGUUGCCCUACAAGCUUAGAUAAAGAAAAUUGUUUGUUUCGAUCACGGUGGAUCCUCAGUUUUUAUAGAAUCUAGGCAAACGACCACUUUUUUUAUUAUGAUUAUUGUGUUGAAGACAUAGAAUAUUUAUCGAUUUGAAACAAAACCGAAUGGAAAAUUAUUCAAUUGUAUUGAAAUAAUUAUAACUCGACACACUCUUAUCACUUUUGCAUUCAACAUCUAGAAUUAGAAAUAAGAUGAUAAUAAUUAUUAUUCAAAAAAAAAAUAUCUAUGGACGACUUUCGUCACGAAAAUUAAAACGAUCUACUUUCCAAAACAAAACCAUAAUUGAAUCGUU